GCUUUGUCUUCGCUUUCGUGCAAGGAAGGGGUAGUCUUAUGUUACGUUUUUUGUUUCUCUUGAAAUGUGUCGUGUCUGUUGAUCAUGUGGAAGUUCUUUAAUACAAUAUCGACACGUAUUAAGAGCUUUUGUUCUAAUUUGUCUUUAAUGUACUUUUGGACUAUAUAACGUUAUUACAUAAUGGAGACUUGUGGAUUAUUACUUGUGCUAGUGCUUUGUAGAGAGGUAUUCUGUCAGUCGCACUAUUGUAGAAGCAAAUUCGGAGUUUACGAAGUAGCAGACUACAACAUUCAUGCAUGCGCCUGGUGCUAUUUCUUCUUGUUUCCUGAACGCGAUUAUAAACCCAACCCGUUGACCCACACCCUCGAAAUACAAACGAACGGCUCCAGAGUGUAUCCAGAUAUCAACAAUAAAAGUGCAACUGGAGAAAUCUGCGCCACGUUAUCUUCAGACGAAUGUGAUAAAUGGCGCCUUUGUUGCUUGGCGUCUCGUGACUGCUGUACGCGCCAAUUGAUGUCGUCUGCUGUUGACGACAAUACGUCAUGCCCGACCACGUGGGACGGGUAUGGAUGCUGGGACGCGGGCGAGCCGGGGACAACAAGCUACAUUUCAUGUCCGAAUUUCCUGCAGUAUUCCGUACCCACACGUUCCGCAUUGAAGACGUGUAAUGCUGACGGCAAAUGGCUUACGAAAGGUCCCCUUAGUCUUGAAUGGACGGACUAUACACCGUGUCUUAGCUACGAGGAGCUGAAGGUGUCCAUCUACAUCAGUGUCGGAUGUCAGAUCGCCAGUCUUCUGUGUCUCCUACCGUCUGUGGUCAUAUUUCUCAUGUACAAGUCCUUGAACAGACAGCAUCGUAUACGGUUACAUGUCAACUUCUUCGUCAGUUUCAUCAGUAGCGGAAUCUUCACGAUCCUCUGGAAUCUCGCCAUCACGCACGACCGUAUCACUAAUUCGAACGUUGUCGACACCCACAUCUACAAAAACUCGGGCGAGUGCAGAGUUUUAUCUUUCCUGAAGAUCUAUUUCAACAGCACUAAUUACGUGUGGAUGUUCUGUGAAGGUCUUUACCUCUAUCGCCUCAUCGCCAAUGCGUUCUCGCCCCCAAAACGGCUGCUGCUGUUCUACUUAUUUGGUUGGGGAUUUCCAUUUUUAUAUUCCUCUGCAUACGCAAUUAUUCGAUUAGUGAUGGCUGAUGAAAGUUGUUGGGCGAAGAGUCUCGGAGGGGGAUUGGAGUGGAUAAUUUUCGCGCCAAAUUUAUUCUGCCUUGUGGCCAACGUAUAUUUCCUGUGCAGCAUCCUUCGUAUUCUUCUUACUCAGCUCACCGUGCAUCCGAAUGAACCGAGUAAUUUCAGGAAAGCGUUGAAGGCCACGUUUGUCUUAAUCCCGUUGUUUGGCGUUCAAUUGGUCCUCACUAUUUACCGACUACCUCCUGAGUCACCCCAUUCGCUGUACUACGAACGUUUCACAGAGUUCAUCACGAAUUCACAGGGCCUUGUGGUAGCAAUCAUAUUCUGUAUCUGUAACGGAGAGGUGGUGGCGCUAAUCAAGCAUUCCUGGAGGAGACGACAGGACGCGCUGGAAAUGGUCGCCAAAAGAGUUAACUCCGCAUCGAGCCUGAAUCACUACAACACAGUUACCUCCCGAAUAAACUAUCAAAGCGGUGACAAGAACUCGCCGAGUCGAACUCUCAUAUCGUGUAUGAAGAAGGAGGAGUCGGAAGAAGCGACCGAUAUUUGAAUCCGGGGCAGGACAACAAAGCCCAUGGGCUAUUUAACGAAGAGACACUCAUGGGAUUUAAUGGUCUCCUUUCAUUUAAACUGAAGCGGUGUGCGGCACCUUACCACACCGUGUUGAUGCAUUUGUCUUCAUGAAACAUCGCAUAGUUUAAACAUAUGUAUUGUAAUUCUCAACGAUGGGCUGUUUGUGGAUGUUUUGUGUGUAUCAAUUCUUUGUUCAUAUGUGUAACCUUUUUUCUUUGAUCGAAUAUGUUUAAUAUUUUAUAACUAUACUGUUUUCACAAAGUAUGUAUGGACACUGGUACAAUCGAAGAAAAAAAGCAAUAUUAUUUGACAA